UGCUCUCAGUUCGAUCCCGGAACACAGCUCCGAGUUCCCUCACUCUCCCACAACCACCUCCACGCGAGCACACCCAAACCGACAAACACGAGCCUCCUCUGCCCCAGAUCAGAGGCUUGCUCGUCCCUAUCAGGCGUCACUAGCCAGGCUUCUGAGCUUGCUCGCACUGUCCUUGUGCACAUCAGAUAGCAAGCAUCUGCCAGGAUCCUUAUAGCGACACAGACCGCCUCGUGCUGCAAUCAUCCUGCAAGCUGCGAGCGCGAUCUUUAGUCACUUGCUUAGAUCGACGACAGAUUGUUUCAGAUCAUACACAUCCACGUUCCUGGAAUACUGCAACCCACAGUAAUGCCAAAGCCUACGGACGCUCUCUUCACUCCUCCCUCUUCCUACUCUCCUCAAAAGCCGAUUGCGAGGCUGGACCUUGGCUUCGACUCUCCCUCUGACGACGUGCUAGACGCUGAUAUCUUCAACAUGACUGGCACAGGAUCACCCCAACCAUACAUCAAAGAAGAAGUCGACGAAAUGUCUUUUAACCAACGCUUCCUCGGUCACAACGGCCUUGACAUGAACCACCAAUACGCUAAUGCUCAGUUCGCUGGGCAUGAGAAUGCAAAUGGCAUCAACCCCUCCGAGCUCAACAUGAGCGGAAGCAUGAUGGGCAACCACUUCGCUGGCAACAGCUACAUGCAGGGCGGAGCAGGCAUCGCCGACGACGAACUUGCCGAGUCGCUGGGUACCUUCGAACAACAACCAGGCUUCAACGGCGGCUUCGCCCAGGAGCAGGUGGGCCAACAAGACUACUACCACAGUCACACCAACAACCCAAACAUGAACCAGGUCUACUCAAAUACCCCAGACGACCUGCCCAUUCACAGCCCUUUCAACCACCCUGGAAACUUCGACUUCAACCAGUACCAAUCAGUACCACAGAGGAUGAACUUCCCUGGCAGCAUGCCCAGUGGAUCCAUGCGCCAGCGUAUCACCAUGAGCCGGACUGCUUCUGACAGCCGCGCUCCCAUGUCACCAAAGACCCCUGCCAUGGCUGGUCUCCACCUCGGCACGCCAGACUCAGGCAACUUCACUCAGCCAAUCAUGACCAACAUGCACCGCCAUCAAAAGAGCGUGUCUGGCCAGUGGGACGGCACUCCCGGAAGUGCGCACUCAUGGAUCGACUCGCCCACCGCGUCGCCCCACCAGGGUACCAUGCACCACCAGCAGAUCACCGAUGUCCUGCAUUCCGGCAAGCAUAACUCGCUACCUGCCAAGGUCGAUAUUGGCCAGAACGCAGACGCCAAGAAGCGCCGGCGUAGGGAGUCUCACAACUUGGUCGAGCGCCGCCGACGGGACAACAUCAACGAGCGCAUUCACGACUUGUCUCGUCUUGUACCUCAGCAUCGCCUCGAGGACGAGAAGAUUCGCAAGCACAUCAACAACAAUGGCCCCUUGUCGCCUACCAUGGGCGCCACCGGCAUGUCGCCCCCGCAAGCAACAUCACUUCUCGCUGGUGGCAAUGGAAGGCGGGCCGCUGGUAACAUUACACAAGGACUACCCAUCGAGGAGAAGGACAAGGGCCCGAACAAGGGUGACAUUCUUAACGGUGCUGUCAGCUGGACUCGCGAUCUUAUGUGGAUGCUGUCCAAGAAGCUUCAAGAGUGUGACGAGCUAGCUGCACGACUUCAACAAGCCACUGGCGAAGAGUGGGUCACCGAACAGACUGAAGACGAGAAGCGCAUGAAGACCGAGAUCCUCGAGGCUCUUGAGAAGAACGGCUCAGGUACCUUCCGAUACUCGCGAGGCCCUGGCUCCGGACUCCGAGUGCCCAAGCACACCAACUUGGCCGGUGAACCUAUCAGCGGCGCAUCUCCACAGAGUCUUAGCCCAGGCAUGCAGAGUACCGGUAGCGGUUCUGGAUCGAAUCAGCAGCAGUACUGGUCCAGUCUCAAAGAAGAGGACGAGUACGGCAUGGACAUGAACUGAUCCAAAGCCUACUAGCUGUCUCUAUUCUUCCGGCCUUCUUAUCUCGUUGUCGAUUCCUUCACUAUGAUACCCCGCGAUACCCCGCACCCGUUCCUGCAUCCUGCUUGAUGCAUACGCUAGAGCUGCUACAAU